UGCCGAAUUUCCCAGAAAUCAUUAUUGUCUUCAACACCUACGGCGCGGCAUCACCGGGAAAUUCUGUUUUCCGGUUGUCAAACGCCGGAAUCCGGUGACUCAUUGGAGUUCUUCCCAUUAUUCCCACCGCAAACGCCAAAACCUAGAACAAUCCUUCCACUCCAACACCUUGACGCUGUCCCGUCGCACCUUACCUAGGGUUUUUAGUUUGUUGGAGAAAAAUGGGGAAAUCGAGCAGAAGAUCAUCAAUUCUUCAGAAAGAUGGAGCUAACGCGGUUGGGAAUUUCAGCACUAGAUUCUCGCUGCCUUCAUUUGUGAAGCGAGUCAAAAAAAUGACUGAAGCUCAGAGAGAGGCCGUGAGGAGGGCAGGGUUUGGCAAUUUACUCCUCAUUCCCAACCAAAUGCUCUGCAAAAAUCUCUUAGUUGAGUUGAUGGAAAGAUGGAACUGUGACAAGUCUGCCUUUGUACUUCCUCAUGGGGAGAUUACCAUAUCUCUGAUGGACGUUGUGUUAAUCUUGGGAUUAAGAGUGACUGGAAAUCCUGUAAGCAUAGGAGACAAUACACCGUUCCUUAAUCUGGAAAGAGGGUAUGGUGCUGUCCUCUGGAAUCGAAAAAUCACAGUUGCCUCAGUAGAAGAGAGGCUUGAGUCUCUUGGAGAGACUGAUGAUGAUGACUUUUUGAGGUUGUUUUUGUUGUACAUGUUCGGAACACUACUUUUCCCCACUACCAAUGGAAAAAUAGAUUCCCGUUACGUUUAUCUUCUCCGAGAUGUGGAUAAUGUGGAUCAGUUUGCUUGGGGUGCAGCUGUUCUUGAAGAUUUGUUUUACUGGUUGAGCAAGAGAAAGAGGGACAAUGUGCAAUAUGUUGGAGGGUGUCUUAUUUUGCUUCAAAUAUGGUGUUAUGAGCAUAUUGAUAUAGCUCGGCCUUGUCUGAUUGACAAUGCUGUUAAGUUUCCUCGUGUUUGCCAUUGGGGAAGUACAAAAUCUCAUCAUCGUCAGUGGUUCAUUGACAAGUUCAAAACUCUUGGUAGUAAUAAGAUUAUUUGGAGCCUCGAAUUGACUUCUGAGGAGUCAGAAUUGGGAACAAUCAAAGAGUUACUAGAGGCACAAGGUGAAAAUGCAGGGCAAAUCAUGGAGCAACAGUCUUCUGCACAUGUUUGUAAUAUGGUGGAACAAUUGGCGGUUGACAUGGAGAUGGACUCAGCGACUACAAUCAGUAGAGAACUCUAUCAGGAGCAAAAUGAUUGUUGGCCACUCAGAAAUAUAAGAAGAACAUCUGCAAACAGCCGUGUUUUAAUCUCUACACCUUGUUGUGUAGAAAGUGAAACAGAACCAGCAGAGAAUCCUCCAAGUUCAUGUGGAGAUUCCAUUGUGUUAAUCAGCAGCGAUGAUAAUUGUGAGGACCUGAAUAGAAAAAACUGGAUUCUGGAAGAGCAGGUAACUGAACUAAGGAAGGAAAUUGAUGACCUGAAAAGAGAGAAUAAAAUUUUGAACAAUCAGCUCUCAUCUUGCCUUGAGUUUGAAAAGAAAAAUGGGGAACUAAGGAAAGAAGUUGAAAGUUUGAGACAAGAAAACCUAUUGUUGAGUUCAUCAGCACACACUCUUGUAGCUCAACUUGAGAGAAUCGUUCUUGAUGGGAAUACAGACACAGUGGAUGUCGUGGAAAUUGAUAAACUUCUGGGUACUGCAGGAACAGUUGACUAAAAACUAAAAAGCACUUUAUAUUUUUUCCCAUCAAGAUUUUCUUCUCUGGAUGUCAACCAUGUCUCAGGUAUGUUCCUUACCUAAAUUUAUUUCUAUAUCUUAGAAAUCUAAUAGUGAUAUAUAUUAGCCUUUCCUGACUUGGCAUGAAUUUGAACCUAAGGUGUAGCAGAGAAACUAAUAGGUUCUGUGAUUUAAGAAAUGUGUAGUGAGUCGUGACCAAUGAUGAAAAAAGGAAUAUAGUCCGUCCAGCACCACACUAAAAGAUUGAAUCCAAUCUAUUAGCUAGUCUAAUCCAUGAUCUUAUAAACGUAUAUGUUUCUCUCUUAUUU